CCAACUGCGUGUAGGACCCAUAAAUAUCAACUAAAAUGUCAGUGUUGCCAUCAGGACUGGAUGCACACAGGAUUCGGUUGAAGAACACCACUGAAGUCACCAUGUUUGUAUUGCGGGGUUUUACAGACAACUUUGAGCUGGAAGUCUAUCUCUUUUUACUAUUUCUUGCAAUCUAUAUUUUCACUCUGGUGGGAAAUUUAGGACUGGUUUUAUUAGUCAUGGUAGAUUCCCGACUCCACAAUCCCAUGUACUAUUUUCUGAGUGUAUUAUCAUUCUUGGAUGCCUGCUAUUCUUCAGUUGUCACCCCAAAAAUGUUGGUCAAUUUUCUGGUAGAGAAGAAAACCAUUUCAUUCCUUGGAUGUGAAACACAGAUGCUGCUCUUUGUCACUUUUGGGACCACAGAAUCAUUUCUCUUGGCAGCAAUGGCAUGUGAUCUCUACGUAGCAAUCUAUAAUCCACUUCUGUAUUCAGUUAACUUGUCAUCCAGAGUCUAUGUGUCACUCAUCAUUGCUUCUUAUGUUGGUGGUAUUUCACAUGCUACUUUAUACACAGUGGCAACUUUUAGCCUCUCCUUCUGUGCAUCCAAUGAAAUUAGACAUGUCUUUUGUGAAAUCCCUUCCCUCCUUGCUAUCUCCUGUUCUGACACUCACAUCAACCAGCUUCUACUCUUCUACAUGGUGGGUUCUGUUGAAAUAUUCACCAUCCUGAUUGUCUUGAUCUCUUAUGGUUUCAUUUUAAGGGUCAUUCUGAAGGUGCGUUCUGCUGAAGGGAGGAGAAAAGUAUUUUCAGCUUGUGGCUCUCACCUAACUGGAGUGUCAAUUUACCAUGGAACAAUCCUCUUCAUGUAUGUGAGGCCAAGUUCCAGCUAUGCUUUGGACCAUGACAUGAUAGUGUCUGUAAUCUACACCAUUGUGAUUCCCAUGCUGAAUCCCAUUAUCUACAGUUUGAGGAACAAAGAUGUAAAAGAAGCAAUGAAAAAAUGUUUGAGAGAAAUUGGUUCAUAAAUAAAGUACAUGUUUAGCUUUGUAAAACUGAAAAGAAUGUAAGGUGCCAGUCCAUAGUUCUAAGGUUUGAAUCUAGAGAAGAAAGUGCUUUUAGUUUAAAGUGCAUUUAUCUCCUAGAAUAUUUCCAAAUGAAGCAUUAAUCAACCUUCCAAGGCAGAAUUUUACAAGUGCAGAUACAUUGUAUCACAUACAUACUUAUGGGAUUACGUUCAAAUGUACCCAUAUUAAACAUUCAGUGACAGGUUAUAUUACUACGAUUAAUAUUUAACUUCAUCUUUCUCUUACUAUAAUGAUGAUGCCCUGAGAACUCUAUAGCUUCACUUAUUCUCACAUUGUUUAUAGUAAGUAUUCAGCAAACAUUUGGAAGUUAAUUUUCCAUUCUGAAGUCCCUGUGAUGGA